AUGUAUUCCUUGCUGCAGGCAUGGGCUCUGCCCGCUGCUCUUCUGGCAAUCGUGAACCUUACGGCCACGUGGUAUAAUGUGGUCUCGAAUAAAGUGCCAGAGCCCUAUCUUGACGAGUUUUUCCAUGUACCACAAGCUCAGAAAUACUGUAUACGAGACUACUCGUGGGACCCCAAAAUCACCACCCCUCCAGGCUUAUAUCUUGUGAGCAAGUUUCUAGAGCCGUUACUCGGAUGUGACACAUCUUCUCUUCGAGCCUUGAAUGCUGGAGCUCUUUGUCUUAUAUGCCCCUUGAGCUAUGGCAUACUUCGCAUACUCCGAGGCCGUAUCAACCCAGGUCAACAAGAGCCUAUUGAUGAAAAGACAAUCGAAGAGAAAUCGGUUGUUAUUGAUCCAACGAUUGUGCUAGACGCUCACUCGGCUCUCAAUAUCGCCCUAUUCCCACCGCUCUUCUUCUUUUCAGCACUAUAUUACACUGAUGUCAUGUCUACAUUGGUUGUUCUUUUGAGCUACAGUGCUUUCCUGAAGAAAAGCUCGGCAUCUGGGAGCAUCCUCGAGAACAUCAAUGCUGUGUGUAUCGGCAUUAUGGCACUUUUCUUUCGACAGACCAACAUCUUCUGGGUGGCUGUCUUCCCAGCUGGCCUUGCAGUAGUCAACGCUCUCAAGGGGGACAAUUUUUCAGCUGUGGGCACAACAAGAGGAGAUACGAGCGCAGUAAUUCGAAGAAGCUGGGAUAAAGGUGUGAUACAUGAUUGUUCCAUACAAGAUGCCCGACCUCAAGAUAUCGCUUUGUUCUUGGUAUCGUUACCAAUUGCAGCUUUGAAAAACAUAUUCCUCAUUAUGAGGGUUGCCGUGCCAUAUAUUACUCUUCUAGCGCUCUUCGUUACCUUCGUAGUUUGGAAUGGUAGCGUGGUUCUUGGGGAUAAAUCAGCUCACACUGCUACCAUUCACAUUCCACAGAUGCUUUACUUCUGGCCGUAUAUCGCAUUCUUCUCCGCUCCGCUUAUAGUAGGACUGCUACUUCAACCUCUUCUUCCGCUAUUGCCCAAACCACUUCGCACGUUGUGCAACGACAAUUUCAAUAUCUCUUCAAACAUGGCGAUGCCGACCGUUUUAAUAUCUACUCUGAUUAUCGUUGGUGGUCUGGCUGCCGUUCAUUUUAACACCAUAAUUCACCCGUACACCUUGGCCGACAACCGACAUUAUGUCUUCUACGUCUUCCGAAUCCUCCGGCAGCACCCAGCGAUCAAAUAUCUGGCGGUUCCGGUAUACUUCGCGUGCGCCUGGUUAACUAUCCAAUCGCUUGCUUCGUCUCGCGAUGGCGAGGAGACUACUAGAUCAAGGCGCAUCGCUCGUCCAACCAGCGACAAGGCUGAUCGUCCGCCCUGCCAAGUCAGCUUCAUUACUAUCUGGUUGGUCACCACUGCCCUUUCUGUAAUAACAGCCCCGUUAGUGGAGCCUCGUUAUUUCAUUGUUCCGUGGAUCAUCUGGCGGCUGCAUUUGCCUUAUACUCCAGCUUCACUUUCGAAAGACAAGACAGCUGGCAAAGUGUCAUAUGAUAUGCGGCUAGGGCUAGAGACAGUCUGGCUAUUGGCUAUCAAUGUUGUCGUAAUGUACAUAUUCUUGUACAGAGGCUUCGCAUGGCCUAGCGAGCCUGGCAUGGUGCAGCGAUUUAUUUGGUAG